UCAUCAGUCACAAACACUACCGCUAUGCCGCCGUCCCAAACACACCCUACCACUAUGCUGUCAUCCGAAACACACCCUGCCAUUAUGCCCUCAUCCGAAACAAACCCCGCCCCUAUGUCCCCCUCGGAGUACCACCGUCGUGAGGGACACUAUUUGAGAAACCUCAGCAUCAUGUGGAUCGGUAUCCUGAUCACGAAAAUCCUUGUGUUCCAAUUGCCCUCGAUCACAGCGUUAAUCAUUGCCCUUGCAGUAGCAAUGGUGGAUUUAGCAGUCGCUCUCGUACAAUUUUUUGCUACCCAUUCAGCCUUUUUCGAUGACCAUGUCAUCUACAAUUCCUGCUCGUCGUUCUGCGUGGCAUUGAUCUGCCUUAUACCACGCAGUGACAAUUGGCCCUAUGAUCGAGAUGACGAUACUUGCCGAGUAGUGCUUGGAAUUAUGAGCAUGAUCUUCUGGAUUUGUUGGUUUGUGGUGUCAGUGCUAUCCUUCAUAUAUCAUGAUGGUAUGGAAUGGGAAUAGUGGGAUUGACCCCCAGAGGAUCGGGCCCAACGAGAACCGUUAAGAGCCUGAAUGUCACACCUGGGUUACCAGUCUGAGACUGGACUUUAUCUAACCUGCACUGUCGUCUUUUCGCCCUAGGUGAACCAUAUUGGAUUGGACCGAAGUUCUCUGGUGGUGUAUUCGAAAUCUUGGUUCAUAGAUAUGUUACACCAAUGACGUCGAUGAUGUUUGCAUUGACCUAGAACUUGCAACUGACC